AUGAUUUUUGCCACUCCCCAAAUAAAUCUACAUUAUACGAUCAAUAAGAAUGAAAGUUACAGUGAAUUACAACAUGAUUGCCUUCGUGCUACGACUUCAGCUGGAGAAGCUACUAUUACUCAUCAAAUAAUAUCCUUUUGUAUGAGUGAUUUGCCAUCGAUAUUUCCUAUUGAGACGAAUAAUCGAUUUCCAAAGUUUACUUUUGCGGAAUUAUCAAAACUGAAUAUAACAAGUCAACAAUUAUAUCGUUGGUCAGCACCGAUCGAUAUUAUUGAAGAUUACCAAUAUUAUUUAAAUCAAUUAUCAACAUCAAAUGAUCUGUCACAAGAAGUCUUUUACAAUUGUACUUUACCAAGGUUUGGUUCAAUGUGUCAAUACGAAAUCGAUUAUUACGAUGAAAACUACUCAUCGUUAUCUGCAAUGAUUCAUGAUUAUUAUCAUACCUAUGCAUAUGAUCCAACUAGUUUGACUUGUUACACUCAUUUACAAUGCAAUCGUGGUCCUUUUCCAGCAUGUUUAGAUUGGACUGAGAUUUGUAAUGGAUAUAGAGAUUGCAUAGAUAGUGAAGUUGAUGAAGAAUAUUGUUGGCAACUUGAAUACAAUGAAUGCAAAGACAAUGAAUAUCAAUGUACAAAUGGACAGUGCAUUCCAGCAUCGUUUUUUCAAGAUGAUAUUGACACUCCUGAUUGCCUUGAUGGGUCUGACGAAGUGUCAAGUCGUACUUACAGAAAAGGCCGUUGUGUCAAGGAAGUACCAUUAUUUGAAUGUGAAGACAUGCCAUGUGAAGGAACAUUCUUGACAACUUCUUGUGUAGAAGGACGCGCCAAUUUGUUACUGGCCGCUAUAUUUUCGACGAGAGAUGAUUCAAUAUCAAAACAAUGUUGGUCAUCUCUUAAAUGCUUGAUGGAAAUACCCCAUCCGGAAAGUCAGUUUUGUGAUAAAAGUUGUUACAUGUUUUCUUGCGGAGAGAUCAUUAAUGACAGUUGUCCAGAUAUGCUUUACAUUCCAAAUGGUCCACUCUUUUUUGGUGAUAUGUUUGUUGCUCUUACUAAAAAUGAUUUAUUAGCUUUGGUCGGCGGAUUUCUUUCAACACUUGCCAUAUGCUAUAAUAAUUCACGUUAUGAUGAGUAUUUUAUCGAUGAUCCAAAGAUAUUAUUCAAUAAUACAACGUGCUAUUAUCCCAAAAAGCUAUCGUUCCCAUAUGGACUCUCAACUACAUGGGAGUUCAAAUUUCACAACCCUUUACAUCAAUUUUUUAUCUUACUUAGAAAAUACAAUGUUGGCAGCAGCGAUAUUUCUGCCAUUUGUAAUAGAUCAACUAUGUAUCAAUGUAAUAAUUCGCCCAGGUGUAUAUCAGUGACUGGUGUUAUGGACGGACUGUUUGAUUGUCCAGAGAAUGAUGACGAAGAUAUAAUCCAACUCUACGGCAAGAAUUUAACAGAUAAAUUGAGGCAUCAUUUUAAAUGUGACGUCGCCAACACAUAUAUUCAUCAAUCUUUAGUUGAUAAUGGAGAAUGUGAUUGUGCACUGGAUCUUUAUUACUGGUGUGAAGAUGAAGGUAUCGAUAUUCAACAUGUUAGAAAGAAUAUAUCAUUUCAAACAACGUGUGAUGGAUUUACUGAAUUAAUACCAGUGAAUAUCAACGAACGAUAUGAAACCGAUGAAACCGAAUGUGAACAGUGGCUCUGUAUUAAUAUCUAUACUCGUUGCGAUGGUAUCUGGAAUUGUCCUAAAGGUGAAGAUGAAAUUGGCUGCAAUGUAUCGCCAAUACUGAAUUGCUCUUCGGAUCAUCACAUGUGUGUGUCACCUGUGACCAACCAAUUGUCAUGUCUACCUAUUGGCAAAGCCCACGAUGGUAAUGUCGACUGCCUUGGUGGUACUGACGAACCGUUAUUAUGUCCAGCGACCUACGAAGUUAAUUUUGAAUUCAAUUUUUACUGCAGCAGCGACACAUAUAUGAUAUGUGCAAGCGAUGAAAAGUUAUGCAAUGGGGAGUAUAACUGUGCAGAUGGAAAUGAUGAACAAUUCUGUGUAACAAAUGUAUCCUCUAAUAGCAUUUGCUAUUCGCCAGCUUUAUCGCUUGGUUCUGAUGUCGAGAAAUUUUUAUGUCACGAAACAAAACAAAAGAGAAAACAACAAAUGAAAUUCUUUUUUCUCAAUGAAAUGAACACAACAGUGGACGAGCCAAUGAAAAAUAUGGUCAAUUUGGUGACUUCGACUUCAUCUAUUUUUAAAAUGUCUUAUAAUCAUGAAUCUCGUUGUCAUCGUGGUUUUAAUUUACGUGUUUGGUUAAAUGACGAAAAGAAUCUCACAAACAAUACGUGUCUUUGUCCACCAAGUUUCUAUGGUGAAAUAUGCCAAUAUCAAAACCAACGAGUAAGUAUGACAAUUCAAUUUCGAGCAUUAGCUGAUUCGUGGUCAACAUUAUUCGCAAUAGUUAUCUCAUUAAUUGAUGAUAGCGAAGAAAGAAUUGUUCAUUCAUAUGAACAAUUAAAUUAUUUAUCGUCGAGAGAUUGUAAAAUCAAAUUUAAUAUUUAUUUACUUUACUCAACACGACCGAAAAAUUCAACACGAAAUUAUACAAUAAAUAUUGAUAUUUAUGAAAAGGUUUCCUUGAAAUAUCGUGGAAGUUUCUUUUAUCGAAUAUUAUUUCCAUUUUUACCAGUUUAUCGUCAAGCAUUGAUACUCGAUAUUCCACGAAAUGAUGAAAAUAUUCAAAUUUGCUCAAAUCUUCAAUGUAGUCAUGGCCGGUGUAUUGCAUAUUCGAAUGGACUUGAUGAUGACAAUUUUUGUCAAUGUGAUCAAGGAUGGUCUGGAAAAUAUUGUCAAACAUUUCAUCAGAAUAUGUGUUCAUCGGAUUCAAAACAUAUUGGUGUUACUGCCAAUAAUCGAUCUGUAUGCGUUUGUCCUAUUGAUAAAUUUGGCUCUCGGUGUCUCUUGGUCAACGCAGUGUGUCAAAUGAAUAAUAAUUUAACAUGUUAUAAUGGUGGUCAAUGCAUUCCAAGUGAUAAAUAUACGCUAUCAAGUCAAUCGUUUCAUUGUGUUUGUCGAAAAGGUUAUACUGGAGACCGAUGUGAAAGAAAUGAUACUAAAAUCGAAUUUUCAUUUGCAAAAGGCAUUGCUUUAUCUCAAUCGAUAUUUAUUCAUUUCAUAAGAAUAGUCAAUAAUGCAACACCAAUAAGAACGACAACUUUAAGAACUAUUCCACUAAAACAAGAUUCCAUCACGAUUUAUUGGUCACAACAGUUUCACCUGGUGUUUGUUGAGCUCUUAAAUAAAAUUUAUUAUUUAGCUGUUAUUCAAAAGUCUUACAACGCAGCAACAACAAUAGUUAGAAAAAUAAAUCCAGUCGAUCGUUGUCAACAUAUAAAUGAGCUAUUUAAUGAAACUUUUGUUGAAAUGCACAUUGUUCGUCGCAUGAAAUAUUAUCAUUUGCCAUGUCAAAUCUAUCCGUCGAAUCUUUCAUGUUUUUAUGAUAACACUCAGAUUUGUCUAUGUUAUAGUUUCGAACAACAACAUUUGGCGAAUUGUUUUCAAUUCAAUCAUAAUAUGACAUUUGAUUGCUCAGGUCAAAGUGUUUGCGAAAAUGAUGGUCAAUGUUUUCAAGAUACACCUGAUUGCCCGAAAAGAGCAAUUUGCAUUUGUCCAUUAUGUUAUUACGGGGCACGGUGUCAAUUUCGUACGAGUGGAUUUGGUUUAUCACUUGAUGCUAUUCUUGGUUAUCAUAUUUUACCACAUAUUAGCUUAACAAAUCAACCAACUAUUGUUAAAAUUAGCAUUGCAGUAACUGUAAUUUUUCUCUUGGCUGGAUUGAUCAAUGGUGUUUUGUGUUUGAUAACAUUCAAAGAUAAAACUAUAUGUGAAGUUGGCUGCGGUUUAUAUUUAUUAGGCUCAUCAAUAACAUCUUUAUCUACCAUGACUGUGUUUGCAUUGAAAUAUUGGAUACUUCUUGUGGCACAAAUGACAUUUAUAUUCAAUCGAUUGUUUUUACAAAUUCAAUGUAUAUCUCUGGAUUUUCUUUUACAAGUUUGUCUUGAUAUGGAUCAAUGGAUGAAUGCAUGUGUUGCUGUUGAACGAGCAGUAACUAUGAUAAAAGCUGCUCGAUUUCAAAGAAAAAAAAGUAAAAAAAUGGCUAAAUUAGUUAUUGGCAGUCUUUUAAUUUUUGUAAUUGGUACGUCUGUGUAUGAUCCAUUGUAUCGACGAAUCGUUGAGGAAGAUAAUGAAGAUGAAAAACGAAUAUGGUGUAUUGCGACUUAUCCAGCUCGUUUGCAAAUAUUCCAUUCUUUUAUAAAUACAUUUCAUUUUAUUGUUCCAUUUGUGAUCAACUUAAUAUCAGCCGUAAUUCUCAUAACGAAAAGAUCACGACAACAAAUAUAUACUCAGCAUCAACGACCUUACAAAGAACUGUUACGCGAACAAAUUCGACAACAUAAACAUUUAUUUAUGGCUCCUGUUGUAUUUUUCAUUCUCGGUUUACCUCGUUUGAUUAUUUCGUUUAUAUCAAAAUGUAUGAGAUCAACAAAUGAUGCUUGGCUAUUUCUUAUUGCAUAUUUUAUUCCAUUGGUUCCACCUAUGCUUACGUAUGCUGUAUUCGUACUGCCAUCGAAAUUUUACAGAAAACAAUGUCAUAAAGCCCUCAACGCUUAUAGAACUAAAAUACAACGAAUUUUACAAUUUACAAAAUAA